CAGCCGAUAAUUACCCUUGAUUACAAUUUAUAAAAAAUUGCAAAGAAAGCUUCUUUUGGAGUUAAAAAAGAAAAGAAAAUUGUUUUUAUAACAAACCAUUAUACACAAUUAGAAUUUAAAAAUUACAUUAAACGGUUUUAAGGUUUGUUGUAUUUAUCCGAGAUACGACAGUUGGCCAGCCUGUUGUGUUCGUAAAGACCAAAGCGUGAGGAACGUUUCUCCUUAUUGUCAGUGAUUGUGUUUUCUGGCCUUUUUGAUUCGUAAUUCGUUUUUUAAAACUAACAAUGACGAGCGGAAGAGAGGACGCGAUCAGCCCAAGACUAGCCGGCCUCGCCCAGGUCGAGAACAAAUGAUGAAACGGACUACAGUCCGAUAGGAUAAAGACUGUACAAUCGUCUAUCCCCGUAAUGAGGGACUACAGGAAAGGAAGAUCGAGAAGCAGGUCCUCGAGCCCGCAGGAGAGAAGGCGGAAGCGCAGCAGGGACCGGAGGAGGAGGAGCAGGAGCAGGUCCCAAGGGAGGGAAAGGUCCAGGAGGUCCAGAAGCAGAGACAGAUCUGAUAAGAAGAGAUCAUUGGAGUCGAGGUCAAAAAGAAGAAGGUCGAGAACAAGAUCACGGUCAAGGGAACGUCCGAGCAAGAAAGAGGACAAGAAGGAAGUCAAAGUCGAUCCCGAUGAGCCAUUUGACCCAACAAAAAUCGACAAGGAGGAGGAGCAGAGGAGGUUAGAGCUUGAGAUGCAAAAGCGAAGAGAACGAAUUGAAAGGUGGAGAGCAGAAAGGAAGAAGAAGGAAGUCGAAUCUGUUAAGAAGGACUUGAAAACGUCAAUUGCAAAUCUACAACUUCCAGCAAAAAAGUGGAAUCUCGAGGAUGACAGCGACGAAGAGGGAGAGGAGACAAGCAAGGAGAAGGAGACUACCAAAGAGACAGAAGAAGCUGAAAUCGACCCCCUCGACGCAUUCAUGAUCGGUGUCCAGGAAGAAGUAAGGAAGGUGAACAAGCUCGACAACAAGACCGGCAAGAGCGAGGUGGACGGGAAAAACAAUUCCGGUUCGAACAGUUCGGGGGUUUUAAUCAUGACGGGGGUAGCGAAGAAGAAAGUUGACACGAAGAAGAAAGGAGAGCUCAUUGAACAAAAUCAGGACGGUCUUGAGUAUUCCUCAGAGGAAGAACAAGAGGAUCUAACAACUGCGGCCGCAUCUCUGGCCAACAAACAGAAGAAGGAACUCGCCAAAGUGGAUCAUGCUGGAAUGGACUAUAACGAAUUCAGGAAGGACUUUUAUGUCGAGGUUCCUGAAAUCGCAAAAAUGACAAACGAGGAGGUCGAGCAAUACAGGGAAGAACUGGAAGGGAUUAGAGUCAAAGGCAAAGGAUGUCCACGCCCGAUCAAAUCCUGGGCGCAGUGCGGUGUGAGCAAAAAAGUCCUGGAUGUACUGAAAAAGCAGGGCUAUGAGAAACCGACACCAAUCCAGGCACAAGGGAUACCAGCAAUUAUGUCAGGCAGGGAUUUGAUUGGAACAGCGAAAACUGGGAGUGGAAAAACUCUAGCUUUUGUGCUUCCAAUGUUACGACACAUUCUCGAUCAGCCUCCGUUGGAGGAUAUAGACGGCCCAAUAGCUAUUAUCAUGACACCGACAAGAGAACUUUGUAUGCAGAUCGGUAAAGAAGCUAGAAAAUUCACGAAAUCAUUAGGCCUCAGGACUGUCUGUGUCUAUGGAGGGACGGGUAUAUCGGAACAAAUUGCCGAACUGAAAAGAGGAGCCGAGAUUAUUGUGUGCACGCCCGGACGCAUGAUUGAUAUGCUUGCUGCUAACAGCGGCCGUGUCACCAACCUCAAACGUGUCACGUACAUCGUACUCGACGAGGCGGAUAGGAUGUUUGACAUGGGUUUCGAACCACAGGUCAUGCGCAUAAUCGAUAACGUCCGUCCUGACAGGCAGACGGUCAUGUUCAGCGCGACGUUUCCAAGGCAGAUGGAAGCUCUUGCUCGCCGUAUCUUAACACGUCCCAUCGAAGUUCAAGUCGGCGGUAGGAGCGUCGUUUGUAAAGACGUAGAACAGCACGUGAUCUUGCUCGAAGAGGAUCAGAAGAUGCUAAAACUGCUGGAACUCCUGGGACAUUAUCAGGAAAGAGGAAGUGUUAUUGUGUUUGUAGAUAGGCAGGAAGCAGCCGACGCACUUCUGAGGGACCUAAUGAAAGCAUCUUAUCCUUGCCUCACCCUCCACGGCGGUGUUGAUCAAUAUGACAGAGAUAGCACAAUAGUGGAUUUUAAAGCAGGAAAAGCAAAAUUACUCGUUGCAACUUCAGUUGCAGCUAGAGGUCUUGAUGUGAAGCAUCUUAUUCUUGUUGUCAAUUAUGACUGCCCUAAUCAUUAUGAAGACUAUGUACAUAGAUGUGGUCGAACUGGGAGGGCUGGUAAUAAAGGUUUUUCAUAUACAUUCAUAACUCCAGAGCAAGAAAGGUAUGCAGGUGAUAUCGUUCGAGCCCUCGAAGCCAGUGGCGUACCCGUUCCGAGUGACCUCAAAAUUAUGUGGGAGAUUUACAAAGCCAAGCAAACCGCCGAAGGAAAGAAAGUGCAUACAGGAGGCGGUUUCAGCGGUAAAGGUUUCAAGUUUGAUGAAACAGAAGCAAUGAUAGUCAAUGAGAAGAAGAAAUUCCAGAAAGCUGCCCUAGGUCUCCAGGAUUCAGACGAUGAAGACUUAGAAAACGAUAUCGAUCAACAAAUUGAAAGUAUGCUCGCGCCAAAACGUACAGUCAAAGAGAUACGUGCUCCGCUCGGUUCGCUGCCGAAUUCUGGAGUGCCUGCAACUGACAAACUUGAACUGGCGAGAAAACUUGCAUCCAGGAUUCACUUGGCUAAAAAUCUUGGUGCCGAAGCGAAGGGCGCCACGCAACAAGCUGCUGAAGCAAUACUCAAGGGAGGAGGCACUCAACCUAUAAUUACAGUGUUGAAGGCGAAGACCGUAGCGGAACAGCUGGCAGCCAAACUAAACACGAGGCUAAACUACCAGCCAAAAGAAGAUGAUGAAAAGGGAGAAGAGGACCAGAUUGAGACGUUUAGAAAAUACGAGGAGGAGCUCGAGAUCAAUGACUUCCCGCAACAGGCGAGAUGGCGGGUCACGUCAAAGGAGGCAUUGGCGCAAAUAUCAGAAUAUUCUGAAGCUGGUAUCACAGUUCGCGGUACCUAUUAUCCGACUGGGAAACCACCACCAGACGGCGAGCGCAAACUCUUCCUCGCCAUAGAAAGUACCAACGAGCUCGCGGUUUCAAAAGCCAAGGCAGAGAUCACUCGGCUGAUCAAGGAAGAACUGCUCAAACUCCAGACCUCGGCCCAUCACAGCAUAAACAAAGCGAGAUACAAAGUCGUUUAAGAUAUUUCCAAUAGUAAGAGAGUUACCCAAUUGUUGUAAAUAUCAACGGAUUUCUCGUUUGUAAAUAGCCCUUUUGAGACUUUUUUUAAAGGUUUAUUUCAAUAAUAAAGCAUAAUGUGUGUAGGUAA